ACAGCGGGAUCUUUCAGCUGGCGGUGAUGACAGCAUGGAAAAUGAGGUGCACCUGGUCAGCUUGCGCAGCUGCUCACGCGAGGGCCUCGGGGAAGGAGUCCAAAUACUACGGAGUGACUGAACGCAUAUGUAGGCUAUGCUGGUGUGUAUGUGUGCGCGUGUUGAGGAUGUGCAAAGCGCGAGCGUGUGUUCAUUGACAACACACACUGAGUCAUGAGAGUCAUGAGACUCUGAGACUGAGAAAAUCCACCCAUGCUUUUAUUCUUUUAAAUGCCAUUCAGCACAGAAACUUGUGGCCCACAUGCAGACACGCUGGCCUUCAGAGUAAAAUUAACUUUGUGGUCUGGGUGUCUGUUGCCGCAGAUCUCAUCUGUAAGCAGAUACAUGUUGGUAUGGAUCUCGAAUGAAUUUACACACACACACACACACACACACACACACGGGACUGCAGUGCACGCAAAUGUAAUUGGCAGAGAAGGGAGAAAAAAAAGCUGUGUGAGAUGUUAAUGUUCAGCACGGGUGGGUCAGAUGUGGGACAGAGCUGCAGACGCCCCUUAAAAUAAAACAGUAGAAAAAGUAGAAUCAUGUAAUAUUUAUGGAGCCGGAGUUGUGCGGGUGCUUUGGGUAAACGAAGUCGAUUGACGCGCGCGUUAAACCAGCCGCAUGUGAUUUCCAGCUUCAGUCAUUUUGGCAGCACGAUGCGAGAGAGAGAGGGAGAGAGAGGGAGAGGGAGACAAGACGCGGAGCUGUGAAGCCGGACCCUCUGCCAGAGAUGUCGACGGAGAGGAAUCCCUGAAACCGACCGCUGCCCAGGAAAUAUGGACAAAUCUUGUUUCGUGUGCGUGUGCGGGCUGUUUUUCUGUCGGUUUUUUGCACAUCGCACCAGUGUAUAGUGGACCAGGAUGCCGUGUGGGCGAUGCUGCCACAAGGGAUACAUUGUGAUUUCGCAGAGAUGUUUUAGCAACCGUUGCAUAAAUUAAAAUAAAGAAAACCCCGUCACAUGAGGAAUUGGAGUCCGAAGGGAUCUAAUAAGACAUCGCCACCUGUUACUAGAAAAGCAGCCCUUAUCGAAUCACAGCAGCUCCUCACCUGCAAGUGGGUUUAGUAUCAGUAUGAUACCUUAGCCACAUCCUCCUAUUACUGCAGCACGGCCACCGAUUAGGGACCGCCAGGAGUGAAACCUCCACUACACGAUAGCCUCAUUCUGCUCUUCAGCAUCGGCUCCACUGGGAAUAAUCCUGCAACACCUACAGCAAGCCAGGAGAGGUGACAGCAUUGCUUUCUCUCUCUCCCACUACCACCACAAAGUCUGACAGCCAUGUUUCGGGGAGGCCCUCUGCUACAGCUCAGAUCAGGGAUCAACUCACUGCUCGAUGGCUAGAUCUCACCAUACAGAGAGCUGGGGGCCUUUCUACUGAGUAUCCCUCACUGCAUAGUAGCACAUGGAUUUCAAGACUUCAAAUGAAGAGACAAAGACUGGGAUUUAUUUGAUGCAAGAAGGUAAUGAGGAGCCGUUUAAUAUUCGACUACACUUGGCCAAAGAUAUUCUGACCAUUCAAGAACAAGAUGUCAUCUGUGUGUCAGGAGAGCCUUUUUAUUCAAGUGAGAGGACUGUAACAAUCAGGAGGCAGACGAUUGGAGGGUUUGGUCUGAGCAUCAAGGGUGGAGCAGAGCAUAAAAUCCCUGUUGUGAUAUCAAAAAUAUCAAAAGAGCAGAAAGCUGAACUCUCUGGGCUGCUUUUCAUAGGAGACGGUAUCCUUCAGAUAAAUGGAAUAAACGUUAGGAGCUAUCGCCACGAGGAAGUGGUCCAGGUUUUGAGAAAUGCUGGUGAAGAAGUGACUCUCACAGUCUCUUUCUUGAAGAAGACUCCAGCCUUUUUGAAACUACCCUUGUGUGAGGACUGCACAUGCAUUCCCAGCGACCAGAGUAGCGGGACGUCCUCUCCUCUGUGUGACAGUGGCCUGCACUUGAACUACCAUCCAAACAACACGGACACACUGUCCUGUUCAUCCUGGCCCACGUCCCCGGGGCUUCGCUGGGAGAAGAGAUGGGUGGACCUGCGCCUUAUUCCACUGCUGCACUCCCGCCUGUCGCAGUACAUCCCGGGCUCUGACGUCUGCAGGAAAAAUGCUUUCCAGGUUAUAGCUGUGGAUGGAGUUUGCAGCGGAGUAAUACAGUUUCCCACAGCUGAGGACUGUUUGGACUGGCUUCAGGCAAUAGCGAGCAACAUUUCCAGCCUUACCAAGCACAAUGUGAAGAAGAUUAACCGAAAUUUUCCAGUUAACCAGCAGAUUAUCUACAUGGGCUGGGUCGACGAGAAGGAGCAGGACUCCGUUCAGGACCGAAUGUAUUCACCAAAGUUCCUCGCUUUGAGGGGUUCCUCACUUUUCAAGUUUUCAGCACCUCCUGUGACAACAUGGGACUGGACCAGAGCAGAGAAAAGCUUUACUGUGUAUGAGAUAAUGUGCAAGAUUUUAAAGGAUAAUGACCUUCUGGACAAGAGGAAGCACUGCUUCAGCGUCCAGACAGAGAGCGGGGAGGACAUGUUCUUCAGUGUGGAGCUGGAGUGUGAGCUACUGAUCUGGGAAAAGGCUUUUCAGAUGGCCACCUUCCUGGAGGUGGAGAGGAUACAGAGUAAAACAUAUGCCUGUAUCAUGGAGAGCCACCUUAUGGGACUUACUAUUGACUUCAGCAUGGGCUUUGUGUGCUUUGAUGCAGCUUCAAAGGCAGUGCUGUGGAGAUACAAGUUCUCACAACUAAAAGGAUCAUCUGAUGAUGGAAAAAGCAAGAUCAAGUUUUUAUUCCAAAAUCAAGACUCCAAAUCUAUUGAAGCAAAGGAGCUGGAGUUCUCAAACCUCUUCGCUGUGCUUCAUUGUAUUCACGCUUUUUUUGCUGCCAAAGUUGCUUGCCUGGACCCGAUGUUUGUGGAGAGCCAAGGCACCGCGACUACCACCGGGAUGCCCGCUCUCUCCAGCAUCUCGUGCAACUCACAGUUGCCGAAACUCAAAUACGCCACUUGACAGGCGCUGCUCUCCCCAGACUCCCUUUAAAAAAAAAAAAGAGGGAAAAAAUAAAAAAAUAAAGACGCUGCACUUAGUCGCGAUCGUGGCCUAAAAUGGUGGACAGGAGAAGUGGAAAAAGUUGAGAUUAUAAUUAUUAUGGAGUACAGCUGUAUACCGCUGCCGAACAGAGACUGAUACGCUCGACAUCUCUGAGGAAGCAUCAGAUUUCUGGGAUUUCUGGAAUCCUUGUGGACCUAAAGACAAACCUGUACUUUGAAUAACUUCACAGAAACACUCUAUGAACACAAACUGUGAUUCAAAAAAUGUUUUUAAGUGAAUUUGUCCUCUUGAUCCUCAGACAUCCUUAUAAUCAACACAACACAAAGAAAAAUGGAGUUCUUCUCCCAAGGUAGUCUGCUUUUCUAUGUGAUUUUACUGAAGAUUUUGAGGUUUAACUGAAACAGAUUUUAACCUCUUUUUUUCCCCCACAUUAGACGGUACAUGACUUGAAGUUCUGCAAGGAUAUUUCUGGACAAUGGAUAUGAUGACGUAGUACAAUGAUGCUAUCUAUGUUUCCAUUUUUGUGUUUGUUCUUGAGGUUAAAACUUUUACCUACACUCAUAAUUCAAUUUGCAGAAAAAUUAAUCUCCACUGAUGUGAAGCGAGUCCAACUGAAACUAAAUGACAACUUCAAUCUGAUCUUGCAAAAUAGAAAUGUUUUCAUUUUUAAUUAAAUUGAAUUAUAUAUAUUAGUUUGCUGGCAGCGUUAAUGGAAGAAAUGAAUGGUUUCAGGUCAGUGUGUGUAUGAAUAUACUCAGUAACCUCAUUCCUUUUUCCUCUGUAUAUGAUGUACGCCUGUGUUUGAAGUCAGAAUAUGGCUAUUUCCUGGAUUACUGAAUAGAAAGUCGGUACGAAUAUUGUAAGGACGAGGACCAACAGCAACUCAAUCAUAAUCUGACGAAACCACUCUAAACAUGAUUAGAUGCACCUUCCAUAAUGUGGUUAGCUUUUUUUUUUCUCUAAAACUUGAUUAUGUAAAUAAACACUGACAUUCAAAUGAACUCGAAUUAUGAAUUAUGGCAAGCAAUUACUUGUAGUAGGGAUUACUGCAUUUGUUAAUUUGAUGUGCACAGGAGACGACUAGGUAGAUAGCGCAUAACCUCGUACUCUCUUCAUCGUUUACUCUAUGGACCAAUUUAGAAGAAUAAAAUCAGCAAUGGUGUAUUUUUGGAAUAUUUUAUCUUCUUUGACUUCAGCUUGUAAAUACAAUAAUAAUAAUGAUAACAAAAAAACUUGUCAUCGACAAAUGAGAAGAACACACCGUGAGGCAAAUAGAAAAAUGUAGCAUCACCAUGGCCUCCGCAGGUUUGAAAUGCCCCUUUAAACUUCACUCUGUAUUAAACUGUUUAUAAAUGCAGCAGAGUGACAACUAAACUAUCACAUUCAAAAAAGAGUUCAGGUCAAUUAGCGCAAUUAGUCACGCUCUUACCUUCCAUUUACAAAGUAGAAUCCAAACACAAGAGGCCCAUGGGUAAGUAAACUCCAGAGGAUAGCAAAUUAAAUGGGGUCAGUAAAGUGCUUGGUACUGGGUGAGCUAGUUAAGCUGACAUGAGUGAGUCUGAGGGGAAACUAAUGGUGGUGCAGUCUAUGCAAAGAAAGUCUGAGUGAUGCUUUUGUGCUUUAAAAAUAUCUCGGUCGCAUAUACCCUUAUAACACAGGAUCUAGAGAGUGAGGUUUAUUUUAUUUUUUGCAGAUGUUUUAUUAACAAAUAAUGCUGUGUAAUAAAUUAAUAAAUGAGACCUUUUAUAACAUG